AUGGCAAAAGCUAUACCGAAAAAAGGUUCACGUGGACGUAUUGGUUCACGUAAGAGUACACGUAAAAUACCAAAGGGGGUUAUUCAUAUUCAAGCAAGUUUCAAUAAUACCAUUGUGACUGUUACAGAUGUACGCGGACGGGUGGUUUCUUGGUCCUCUGCCGGUACUUGUGGCUUCGGAGGUACAAGAAGAGGGACGCCGUUUGCUGCUCAAACCGCAGCGGCAAAUGCUAUUCGUGCGGUAGUAGAUCAAGGUAUGCAACGAGCAGAAGUCAUGAUUAAAGGUCCAGGUCUCGGAAGAGACGCAGCAUUACGAGCUAUUCGCAGAAGUGGUAUACUAUUAACUUUCGUACGGGAUGUAACCCCUAUGCCACAUAAUGGCUGUAGACCCCCGAAAAAAAGACGUGUGUAG